ACGCGCACUUUCCGUCGCAACCUUGCAAUUCCCAUCGGAAAUAUCUUCCUCGCCGCCGCCGCCGCCGCCGCCUGCGCCAUGCUCCAUCUCCGGCACCGCAUCGUGUCCCAUAUCCUCUCCUCCUCCUCCACCUCUGCCAUCUCCCCACUCCACCGGCUCCUCUCUGCGGCGGCAGCCGCUGCCCCCAUUUCCCCGACCCAAGGAUUCGCCGUUGAGGACUACCUCGUCGACGCCUGCGGCCUCACCCGGCCCCAAGCCCUCAAGGCCUCCAAGAAGCUCUCCCACCUCAACUCCCCCGCCAAGCCCGACGCUGUCCUCGCCUUCCUCGCCGGCCUCGGCCUCUCCGGCGCCGAUGCCGCCGCCGUCGUCGCCAAAGACCCGCUCUUCCUCUGCGCCGGCGUGGAGAGAACAUUGGCCCCCGUCGUCGACGGCCUCGCCGGCCUCGGCCUGUCGCGCCCUGAGAUCGCCCGCCUCGUCUCGCUUGUCCACAGCCGCUUCCGCCGCAGAUCCAUAGUCCCCAAGCUGGAGUACUACCUGCCCCUCUUCGGCUCCUUCCACAGCUUCCUCCGGGCGUCCCAGCGCGCAUGCUACCUUCUCUCAUCGGACCUCGACAAGGUGGUCAAGCCCAAUGUCAUGUUCCUGCGGGAAUGCGGGCUAGCUGAUUGCGACAUUACCAAGCUGUGUAUCUCUGAGCCGAGGUUGCUCGGCAACAAACUGGAACGCGUCCAGGCAAUGGUGGCGCGCGCCGAAGGUCUGGGCGUGCCCCGUGGCUCGGGGAUGUUCAAGGUUGCGAUACAGGCUGUCGCAUUCCUCAGCGAGGAGAAGAUCGCCAACAAAGUGGACUACCUGAAGAAGACGUUCGGUUGGUCGGAUGCUGAGGUGGUCGUUGCUUUGUCUAUGGCUCCAAUGUUGCUGAAUAGGUCAAAGGACAUCCUGCAGCGCAGGUUCGAGUUCCUUGUCUCUGAGGUGGGCUUGCAACCGGGGUACAUUGCUCAUCGGCCGGUAUUCCUCUAUUAUAGCCUGGAGGGCCGGAUCAAGCCCCGGUGCUAUGUUCUAAAGUUUCUCAAGGAAAACAGAUUGCUCGAUCGCGACUGGAGCUUCUAUACUGCAGUCACUAGGCCUGAGAAGUAUUUCAUCAAGAAGUGCAUAUGCCCUUACAAGGAAUCUGCACCACACCUCGCUGAAGACUAUGUGGCAGCUUGCAGAGGGGAAAUGCCAAGUAAUUUCAGAUUUACUUGAACCAAAAAAGGGCUAAGGAAAUUGGUUGCUUGUGUAUGGCGCAACAAAUUUGCACUCUCCGUAGUGAGCUGGUAGUUCCUGUUUUGGUGUUCUUUGCCAAACUAGAUGUUGGUUAUUUUCUGUAGUAUGCCUGUUACAUGCCAGUUUGGUCAUUGCUGAAUGCUAACUCCUGUCAAACUGAUAAUUUUAUUCUUGAACCUGGAUAUGUUGAUGUUGUCAUUCCUUAUAGAAGAUCCCUGAAAAUGAUAAGUCCAUGGAUAUAUUUACGUCUCUGACUUCUGUGUAAGAUCAUGAUAACCAGAAAAACCAAGAAUACUACUGUGUUGUUUUCCACCUAAAUAAAUGUAUCACUAUGAUCUGCUUUCAUGCCAAAAUUUCUCUAUCAUGCAUGUUCCAUUUCAUUUGAUUGGCUUUUAGGUUCCAUCAUAGUCCUGUGUUACUUGAACCAAAAAGGGGCUAAGAAAAUUGGUUACUUGUGUAUGGUGCAACAGAGUUUUCACUCUGUACUAAGCUGGUACUUCCUGUUUUGGUGUUCUUUGCCAAACUAGAUGUUGGUUAUUUUCUGUAGUAUGCCUGUAAGCCUGUUACAUGCCAGUUUGGUCGUUGGUAAAUGCUAACUUCUAUGAAACUGAUAAUUAUAUUCCUGAACCCUGAUAUGUUGAUGUUGCCAUUCCUUAGAUCAUAUGAUGUGUUUAGUGAUGGCAUUGACACCUUACACCUGCUGUUCAUUAUAAAAUAAAAGUGGCAAAUUGAUGUGGUAUAUUAGCCGGCCCUCCAGGCUAUAACAUAAAUUUAGCAAAUUGAUGUGUCAUAUGAGCCGGCCCUCCAGGAUAUAAUAGAACAGUUUUGGCAUUGACACCUUACUGAAGACUAUGCGGCCGCUUGCUGUGGGGAAAUUGAUGUGGCAUAUGCCCUCACAAAAACAGUUUUGGCAUUGACACCUUAGACCUGCUGUUCAUUAUAGCAUAAAAGUGGCAAAUCGAUGUGUUUAGUGAUGUAAUUAUGUGUUUCGAUCGUGUCUAAUGAUGCAAGAAGGGUAACUACCCCCUCCACUGUUCAUUGCCAAUAUAUAUCAUUUUCUGGAGAUCAAUGGAUCAAACAUUUCCUUGUUAAAUCGCAUGAAGUCAUUGCUACUUUGAUCUGAAAAUGAAGAGACAACUGCAGCAAUUACUUCUUUUGUGUAUAAACUGCAAAUGGUAACAGCAGGGCUAGUUUGAUCUAAAAUCACGAUUCUUAUUAUGGAACGGAGGGAUAGUUUGCAAACUACGAAACCAUGUCAUGUGGAGAUUGAUAUUGUCAUGGUUAUAUUUUGCCUCUGUUUUAUGUGGUUCUGUUUUCUGCUCACCAUCUUGUUUACAGAUUCGUUGUUAGUGCUCAUUUUUACUGCGAUCUUGUGCUUUGGUUGUCAGAUUGCCGCUGUUUGUGAUUUGGUAACGAAGUUCUCUGGUGUUGCUUAAUUUGCCCCUCAUUUUUUUCUUUUGGUUUUCCAUACAGGUUAAUUGGGGUACAGCUAGGCACAUAACUGUCAGAAGUAAAGUACUGUUUUACUUGCUGCCAUAGUAACGUCGCUGCGUAGGUGAUGGUGACAGUACAAAAGACGGAGAUGGGAUACAUGACGAUAGGUUUGUGAACCAUGUAACAUCCUAACAGCUGAACUGGCUAAUCCAUGCACUUCAGAAAAACCUUCAUGAAGUUUUCUCUUUUAUAAUUAUUAUUGUGUCGAUGCUGUGUGCAUCAUUCUAUUUUAAUCUUCAUUUAGAAGCAUGGAAGAUUUAGAAGGCAUAUGUAUGAUAUGAUGACUGCUUUACCAAUGUACUGAAAGGUUGGAGUCCAGUAUCUUUGAAGAGCAGAGUUUUGCUAUUUGCAUGAUCUUACUUAUCUAAACGUGGAGAUAGAUAACCCUGGACACAAGCUUGGAGUUUCCUCCACUUAAAUAUGCAUAAUUUGUUGAGUUCUAGGACCUUACUUUUUAUCUGAAUUUUAAUUGGUGAUGUCAGUAUUUGAAGCCAAGGUUCAGCUUACUCAAAUGGUAGGGAGGUUCAUAGUGAUCCUGUACAACCAUAGUAGAGCAUAAUAUUUGUCUCUAAUGUUCAACUCUGAGUAAACAGGUUCUACAAACGGUCUUUUACUGCACUUGACUGAAGAAGUAGGUGUCCUGAUGUAUGCUGCACUUGAGGGGGAAAAACUGUACAAAGGAAGGUGCCUUAAGGAAAUGAAGAAAGAAGAAGCAGAAAAAGGGGCCUGAGACUGAAACGUGUCAGCUCAGCAGUACAUGGCAAGAGUGCUACUCCCACGCCUCCUUGACGAGGCAAAGUUCAUCUCUCUCGAUUAUACGUGAAAUAGGGAGUUCAAGGUCUUAUUCGUCUUUCUUGGCCUACGUGAAUAUGAGCCAAUUCCGGAAAGUGAAUAAUUCUCUAUUGAAAGUGCAAGUCUGACGUUCCUGAUACGAAAGUGAAAGUGGAGUGAAAUCUGGAUAUGAAGGUUCAAGUCCAGUUUCAAUCUGGAUAUAAAAGUGAUGUUCAAUCGUCGAAA